AUGUCGUUAAUAGUCAGCAGCGUGACCACAAACGGAAGCGAAUAUCCUCCGAGACGCAGCAACAGCACGCCAGCGUGUGCCGUCUGCCAGCGUCGUAAGACAGGCCAACAGGUCAGAUGUGAUCGAGGGCUUCCAUGCGCCAGCUGCAAGAAGCUCGGCAUGCUGUGUACGUACACCAGGAAGGAGAGGCAACCCUCUGAAGGUCGCUCUACAUUACCACUACGUCCUCCCGGAAGCAACACCACGAUUGCUACCAUCCUUGCUCUAAGCCAACCAGGUUUAGUCCCGGACUCUGGAAGACAGCAAUCGCUCACUGCUGGCACCAGCGCGAGCCAGGCCAGCUCUCUCUCGCAUAUUUUCCUGGAGAGGGUGCAUCCUCUCACCAAAAUAAAAGAUGCUUCAGCUGUUUUGAUAUUGGUAUCGGCCAGGGCCGAGGGAUCCUGCUUGACUCCCAGCCAAGAAGCAUUAGUCUGCGCAAUCUUCAUGGCGAGUGUGGUCUCCCUGACAGAAGCGGAAUGUCAGGAGACCUUUAGCAAGUCGCGACCUCUUGCUGUCUUGGAGUCAAGACGAAAUGCCGAAAAGGCUCUCUCUGCUCCCGGAGCCAUGGGCUGCUCUGAGCUGAUCACUCUGCAGGCUUCUUUCUUUCACGCACUGGCUCUCGGAUCCCUCGGAAACUUUGAGGCUGCCUGGUCUCUCUCCGGGCUUGUGAGCCGUGGCGCUACAACGAGGCUCAACAAUGGCGAGGCCUUCCAGAUGUCAGCCUUCGAGACGGAGAUGUGUCGCCGCUUGUGGUGGGCUGCCAUGAUCAUGGAUGCUCAAUUCGCUGACUCAAUAGGCCAGCAACGCAGCGAUGCUAUAGCUUGCAGUCAGUACGACAUGCCAUCCGCUAUCAAUGACAGCCAUUUUUUACCCAACAUGCAGGAGCUACCCUUGGUUGGGGAGAAGCCUAAGGAGACAAUUUUCGCUUUGUUCGUAGCGAAAAGCUUCCAGGUGAUGUACUCGAUGUCAAGCCCUGGCACCGCUGGCGACGUAUGGGACACGCUCGGCUCCGAAGACGUAUCAUUUGAUGACAAGAUCUCCCGGAUCACGCUUGCCGAGCAAAUGCUGGCCAAGGGCAUACUCCAGCACUGUAACCUAAGCGAAAGGCUACACUGCUACGUCAUAAACCGCGCGAACGCUCUUAUGGAGCGAAUGUACUUCACGGCUUUCUCUUCCCAAGUACAAACCGGUCAGCCUUCUCAGGACCUACUGGAGCACAGUAAAAGGCUUCUGUCGCUGUAUCUUGAAGUGUGCGAGACGAACUGUCUGCAUAUCUAUCGUUGGCAUGCACGGAGCGAGUUUCCGUGGCCAGCUUUGACCUGCUUGAUCCGACAAGUUCAGCCUAGAGAGGCCCGAAUCAAGGACGCAGAUUCACAACGGGAUAUCAUCCGGCGAGCGGUGAAAGUAGCGCGUGAGGAUUUGGAGGUGCAGCCUCGAGAUCUGGAGAACUUGAGGCUUUCGGACUCCCUUGCUAAGCUACUGGACCGGGAUCUACGACUCAAUCUUACUUGA